AUGUCCCAACGAGGUUUGGUUAAAGCUCUCCACAAUUUAGUUAAUACAGUGGCACAAUCAUAUAAUGAUUUACGAUCAGAGGUGGUGGAUAAAGAGCAAUAUCCUAAUACCACCGUUCAAGUUAGACGAUGUGUACAAGCAAACAUAGCAGUUCUUUGUUGGUACAGUAAUCAGUUUCUGCAACUUAGUGGACAGGUAGCAGGUGGUGAUUUAAGUGUGAAUAAUCAAUCUAUUAAGUGGCAAGAUCUCGAAAACGCAUUUUCCAACAACAUUAAGACAGGAUCGAUAAUCAACCGCUCUCACACUGACUUGAGAGAUUUUUUGAAUGCCUCUAGAGACAUUGUCCUGGAUAAAAUCCAAGAAAUGCUGGAAAACGUUGCAGGUGUUAAAGUAAACGUUGAACUAUUUUGCAAAUUCAGGAAAAAUACAUCAGUUGAAGAAGAAGUUAAAUCAUUCAACACCAAGAGUCGGGCUAUUUUACCUGCAACAUCUUUAGCUGAGUGGUAUACAGACUUUGUAUACGAAAAAAUGUUAAACAAGGUGGAAGAAUUUAAUCAAAAAGAUUCAGGGUGGAGUUUGACGGAAAUUACCAAUCUGGUGGUAACAAUGUCAAAAUACACACCUCUGCAAGGAGGGACUUCAACUUUUGUGAGGCUUCCUCGAGAUAUCCAGAUGAAACGAGCUGUUCUCAACAUAGAAAAUUUCGAUGAGUACUGUUUUCUAUGGAGCGUCGUAGCUGCGAUUCAUCUUCCUAACACUGGACAUCCUGAAAGAACAUCGGCGUAUCCUCAUUAUAGUGCUGUCCUAGAAUAUACAGGUAUUAAAUUUCCUAUGACACUUAAGCAAAUCCCACAGUUUGAAAGAUUAAAUGAUUUAACAAUAAAUGUAUAUGGUAUUGAAUCUCAUUUUACGAAGAAAACAUCUGAAAAAAGUAUUAUAAUUCCAUUAUAUUUAAGUAAAUAUUGUAAACUCAAUAGAAAAACAGUCCAUCUUUUAAUGUUACAAGCUAAUGUUAAUUUAAAUAUGACAAGUAAUGAGUAUAAAAAUUAUGAGCCUAUAUAUCAUUUUGCUCUAAUUAAAGAUCUUUCACGAUUAGUUAAAAGUCAGAUAUCAGCUUCGAAAAGCAAAUUAUUUUUUUGUGAUCGAUGUUUAAAUCGUUUUAAACUGGAAAAAUCGUUUGAAGAUCAUAAAAAAGACUGUUUCACAUUAAAUAAAGUUCACAUGACGUUUCCGACUGAAGAAAAUAAAAUUUUAAAGUUUAAAAAUUACCAGUAUAAAGAUAUCGUACCAUUUGUUGUCUAUGCAGACCUAGAGUGUACACUUGAACCUCAAAAAAAUGAUAAUUCUGACAAACAUAUACCACAUAGUAUCGCAUUUUAUCGUUUUUGUAGUUAUAAUAACAAUUUAUCUAAAUUUGAACUGAAUCGAUCACAAACCUGCAUCGAGUGGUUUGUAAAAAAAUUAGAAUGUUUAGCAUUAGAAGUCGAAUCAUACUUAAAAAAUCCUGUUGCUAUGAAACCUCUGUCGAGACAACAAAAAGAGAGUCAUGAGCAAGCAACUGUUUGUCAUAUUUGUGAAAGGUCUAUAACUUCUGCUACAGAUAAAUGCUACGAUCACUGUCAUUUUACUGGUAACUAUCGCGGUCCAGCUCACUUAUCUUGUAAUAUAAAUUAUAGAAAAUCUCACACUAUACCAAUAGUAUUUCAUAAUUUAUCUGGUUACGAUUCCCAUUUUAUAAUAAAAUCUUUAUCAACCGUUUUCGAGGGUAAAAUUACAUUAUUACCAAUUAAUGAAGAACGUUAUAUAUCUUUCACGAAGUAUGUCGAAAACACAUCAGUUUGCUUACGUUUUAUAGAUUCAUUCAGGUUUAUGGCUUCUAGUCUUGACAAAUUAGCAUCUAAUCUGAAUGAUUGUGAUAAACAAAUUACUCAACAACAUUACAAUGAUCCGGAAAAAUUUAAAUUAGUAACUCGAAAGGGUGUAUUCCCAUACGAGUACAUAACUGAUAUUGACAAACUUAAUGACAAACAGCUGCCUGAUCAGGACUCAUUUUAUUCUAAAUUAUCGAACGAUGGUGUAUCUGAUAAUGAUUAUUCUCUUGCUCAAUUAGUGUGGAAUAAAUUUGAUAUUAAAACAUUAGGGGAAUAUUCAGAUUUAUAUUUAAAAACAGAUGUACUUCUUUUAGCUGACAUAUUUCAAAAUUUCAGACAUAAUUGUAUGGCUACUUAUAGCUUAGAUCCUUUACAUUACUAUACAGCGCCGGGACUUGCCAUCGAUGCGAUGUUAAAAUAUACAAAUGUUGAACUCGAGUUAUUUACCGAUCUUGAAAUGAUGCUAUUUAUUGAAAAAGGUAUCAGAGGUGGUGUAUCUCAGUGUACAAAUAGGUAUGCAGUGGCCAAUAAUCGUUACAUGGGAUCCAGCUUUGAUCCUAAUAAAGCUGAAUCCUAUUUAAUGUAUUAUGAUGUGAAUAAUUUGUAUGGUGCUGCUAUGAGUAUGCCGCUACCAAAAGGUUCAUUUGAAUGGGUUUACCCGCCUGACGAUCUAUCUUUUGACGUCGAUAACCUAGAUCAAUUUUUAAACGACAUCGAUAGCAUUGGCUAUGUAUUAGAAGUUGAUCUACAUUAUCCUCAGGAAUUGCAUGAUCUACAUAAAGAUUUACCACUAUGUCCUGAACAUUUUUCACCACCGGGUAGCAAAGUUUUAAAAUUCGAACAGUCACUCUGGCUCAAGUCAUAUAUCGAUAAAAAUACAGAUUGUAGAAAAGCUGCUAAAAAUGAGUUUGAAAAAGACUUUUAUAAACUUAUGAAUAAUGCUGUAUUUGGUAAGACUAUGGAAAAUGUUAGAAAAUACAAAGAGAUUCAUAUAGUGACAAGAUGGGCCGGUAGAUAUGGCGCUGCUGACUAUAUUUGUAAGCCUAAUUUCCAUAGUCUUACUGUUUUUGACGAGAAUAUGAUAAUUAUUGAAUUGAAGGCGGCAAAAGUACGCUUUGACAAACCAAUCUAUGUUGGUUUUUGUAUAUUAGAUUUAUCAAAAACUUACAUAUAUGACUUCCAUUAUAAUUAUGUGAAACAAAAUUUUGCAAACAAUGAAUCGAAAUUAAUGUACACUGACACUGAUAGUCUUAUUUACCAUUUUAUUGUACCGGACAUCUAUGAGAUCAUCAAACGUGAUAUUGCCAAGUUUGACACCUCUGAUUAUCCACCUGAUAAUGUUUACAAUAUACCACUAGUUAAUAAAAAAGUUUUAGGUCUGAUGAAAGAUGAGAAUAAUGGUAAAAUUAUGACUGAAUUCACUGGACUUAGAGCAAAGUUGUAUGCUUUUAAAAUUUAUAAUGAAGAUCAGGUAAAAAAGCGAGCUAAAGGUGUUAAACGUCCGACUUUGCGAACUAUCACUUUUGAAGAUUUCAAACGAUGUUUAGAAGAUCAUGUAAAUUUAAGUAAGAAACAAUAUGUAAUUAAAAGUAACAAACAUAGUGUUAGUACAAUAGUUCAAAAUAAGAUAGCUUUGAGUUGGGAAGAUGACAAACGUCAGCUUCUGUUAAACAGUACUGAUACCGUACCAUGGGGUUACAAAGUAUCAAGAGAUGAUAUUAUGACUAUACCGAGACCAAAUAAAAGACGAAAAAUGUAA